AAUAUCACUAACAACAACACACACAAUAAACUUCACAAGUCAAUGGCACAGUCUGCAUACUUAGGUGGAGGUGGUACAGCUGGUGGAGGAGGUGGUGAUGCUUCUGUCUAUAUGGGAUCUGGAGCCGGCGGUUCACCGAAGCAACCGGCAGCUGGAGGUGGCGGUUAUGGAGCUGCUGGUGGAGGCGGUGCGUCAGUCUACCUUGGUAGUCCUGCUGGUGGAGGCGGAGGAGCCGGUCAACAAAGUGCCUAUAUUGGUGGACCUGCUUUGGGAGGAGCUUCGGCUGCUGCUGGUAGGCCUGCAUGUGGCGCAAGUGCUUUCGAAGGUGGCAGUGGCUUGUUUGUUAUUUCUUGUGGUGGUGGUGGUAUGCAGUCGAUUCUUGGUACUUCUCCUUCUGGCGGUGGUACACAAACUGCUCUUGGUGGUCCUUCUUCUGGCGGUGGUACGCAGAGUCCUUUUCCUUCUUGUGGCUUCACGAUUCUUGGUGGUCCUUCUUCUGGCGUUGGUACACAAACUGCUCUUGGUGGUCCUUCUCGUGGCGUUGGUACGCAGAAUCCUUUUCCUUCUUAUGGCUGCAUAAUUCUUGGUGCUUCUUCUGACUCGCCUAUGGGGGGAGUUGCUGGUUCAAGUGAGUUAAAACUUAAAUCUCAAACCAUCAUUAAUUGAGUUUUUAUUUUCAUUUAAAGAUGUUGGUGCUUCUUCGUCAAAUCUUGGUGGUCCUCAAAUAGGUUGUGGCACUGGUGCGCAGUCUGCUGGUGGCGGUCCUCAAAUAGGUUGUGGCACUGGUGCGCAGUCUGCUGGUGGCGGUCCUCAAAUAGGUUGUGGCACUGGUGCACAGUUUGCUGGUGGCGCGGGGUCUGUCUAUAUGGGUGGUGCAGCUGCAAGUGGAGGAGCAGGAGGCGGUGGUUUCCAGAGUGUUUACAUGGGGAAAUGAUGUGCGCCGAGGAUAGAAGAUG